AUGACCAGAACAGACACUAUCGCCGCUUCCCAGCCUCCGGUUGAGUCCAUUCCUCGCGGCACGGCUCAGGUAGAAAUCAAAUUCUACAAAGCACCAGUGGAUGGCUCCCAACCAUUCCUAUACAAAGGGACGCCACCAGAGGGGUUGCCCGCGAUGAAUUACACCGAGCCUGAGCUGCCCGUCACGCUCAACGACAUCCGCGGCCGCGAGGACGAGUUUUCCCUGGACAAAGAUGCGUUCCAGCCACUCCAGGGUGUUCUCCGUGUACCAUACGAGGCCAUUCAGUCCGAGGAAACAAUCCAGAGCACCUGGUACCCAGCGGUGGAGGAAUUCCUGCUAGACUCGAUCAAGGGCGCCCACCGAGUCAUCAUUUUUGACUACGUUAUCCGGAUGGAAAGCGUCGAUACGCACCGCAAACCACUGCAUACGGCGCAUGCGGACCAGACGGCGCAGGCGGCGGCCGCCCGCGUCCGGCUUUGCAUUCCAGACCCUCGCGAGGCUGAGCAGGCCCUCCGCGGUCGCUACCGUAUCAUCAACGUGUGGAAGCCAUUGAAGGGUCCUGUGCAGUCGUGCCCACUAGCGUUUGCGAGGGCGGGCUCCGUUCAAUCGACGGAAUUGGUUCCUAUCAAGUUUCAUCAGCCGCACCGCACCGGAGAGAUUAUUGGCGUGGCAUUUAACAAGGCUCAGGAAUGGCUGUAUUGGUCUGGUAUGCAGCCGGAUGAAUGUUUGCUGCUCAAGUGCAGUGACUCCGACGAAUCCGUGGCCGGUCGUGUGCCUCAUUCCGCUUUCUACGACCCCAGGACCCCACCGAAUGCCCCCGGUCGCGAAAGUAUCGAGUUCCGGACGUUAGUGCUGGGAUAG